UCCCCCCAGGGGCGAUCAACGAGAUGGCGACCCACCCUGGCUACUACGAGGACCUGGUAGAGAAGUCUAUGGGGAAGUACAACCUGGCCACGGAGGAGAUCGAGAGAGACCUGCACCGCUCCCUCCCUGAACACCCAGCAUUCCAGAACGAGAUGGGGAUUGCUGCCCUACGAAGGGUCCUUACUGCCUACGCCUUCAGAAACCCCAACAUAGGCUACUGCCAGGCCAUGAACAUUGUGACGUCGGUGCUGCUGCUGUAUGCUAAAGAGGAGGAGGCCUUCUGGCUGCUGGUGGCUCUGUGUGAGCGGAUGCUGCCUGACUACUACAACACCAGGGUCGUAGGAGCUCUGGUAGACCAGGGUGUUUUUGAGGAGCUGGCCAGGGAGUACGUCCCUGAACUCUACGAUUGCAUGCAGGACCUGGGAGUCAUCUCUACAAUUUCCCUCUCCUGGUUCCUCACCCUGUUCCUCAGUGUCAUGCCCUUCGAGAGUGCAGUGGUGGUGGUCGACUGCUUCUUCUACGAGGGCAUCAAGGUCAUCUUCCAGCUGGCGCUCAACGUGCUGCACGCCAACAUCCACCAGCUGCUGGGGGCCAAGGACGAUGGAGAGGCCAUGACCGUGCUGGGAAGGUACCUGGACAGCGUGACCAAUAAGGACAGCACCCUGCCUCCCAUCCCCCACCUGCACUCCCUGCUGACAGACGAUGGGGAUCCCCACCCGGAGGUGGACAUCUUCAAGCUGGUCCGCAGCUCCUAUGAGAAGUUUGGCUCCAUCCGGGCAGACGUGAUCGAGCAGAUGCGCUUCAAACAGAGGCUAAGGGUCAUCCAGACCAUCGAGGACACCACCAAACGCAACGUGGUCAGAACCAUUGUCACAGAGACUGCCUUCAGCAUCGACGAACUGGAGGAGCUCUACGUUCUGUUCAAGGAGGAACACCUGACCAGCUGCUAUUGGGGUGGAACGGGUGGCAGCAACCCCACGGAGCGCCACGACCCCAGCCUGCCCUACCUGGAGCAGUACCGCAUCGACCUGGAGCAGUUCAGGGGGCUGUUCUCCCUGCUCUUCCCCUGGGCCCCUGUCAACGGGGUCCACGCAGACCCCCUGGCCCUGCGCUUCUUCAGGCUCCUGGACCAUAACGGAGACUCUCUGAUUAAUUUCCGGGAGUUUAUUAGUGGACUGAGUGUUUUAUGCCAUGGGGAUCUGACUGAGAAACUGAAGCUCCUGUACAAGAUGCAUGUGAUUCCUGAGGUGACCCAUGAGCAGGAGGAGCCAGACUCUGCCUUUGAGGCCACCCAGUACUUCUUUGAGGACAUCACCCCAGAAACUUCCAAUGGCCUUGACCCCAAGUGCAAGAGCGAGAAGGAUGAUGGCUUUGUCAGGGUCACGUUCAAGACUGAGAAAGUGAAGAAACUACACACCCCUGACUACCGCCACUACCUGAGGCUGUGGAACCAGGGCACCAAGAACAAACUGGACAACAUGAAGGAUCUGCCCAAACUCAACCAG